UUGAAAGUCUACACCGGAAAUCGGGAGUGUUGGUUAGCGGUGGAGUUCCUUUAGCUUGGAGAGACAAAACAAUACUUCAAACUCUGUUAUAAUAUAGACUGAUUAAAAAUGGCCGGAACGGCGUCGGUAGCUGGAGAAGUGUUUGUCGAUGCGUUGCCAUAUUUUGACCAAGGAUAUGAUGCAGCAGGUGUCAGAGAAGCGGCUGCAGCGUUGGUGGAGGAAGAGACCAGAAGAUAUCGACCGACCAAGAACUACCUGAGCUACCUUACCACACCUGACUUCUCUACUUUUGAGACAGAAAUAAUGAGGAAUGAAUUUGAGCGGCUGGCGGCUCGGCAGCCGAUGGAUCUCCUGAGCAUGAAGAGAUACGAGUUGCCAGCACCUUCAGCAGGACAGAAGAAUGACAUCACAGCAUGGCAGGAGUGUGUAAACAAUUCGAUGGCCCAGCUGGAGCACCAGGCGGUGCGCAUUGAGAAUCUGGAGCUCAUGUCGCAGUACGGCACCAACGCAUGGAAAGUCUACAACGAUAACUUGGCCUUCAUGAUUGAAAUGGCUCAGAAGGAACUACAGAAAUUCAGGAAGCAAAUACAAGAUUUAAACUGGCAGCGUAAGAAUGAUCAGUUGGCAGGGGGAGCCAAACUGCGAGAGCUGGAGUCCAACUGGGUGUCCCUGGUCAGUAAGAACUAUGAGAUCGAGCGAGCCAUCAUCCAUCUGGAGAACGAAAUAUCAACACUCAGACAGCAGCAGGGGGACGAGAACAAGGAGAACAUCCGACAGGACUUCUAGAGCCCCCGGCUUUCACUCUCAAAUGACACCCAAACACAAACAGAUGAACUUUGAAGCUCAUUAAUGUCUUCUUGUUUCCAAAAGUCUGACUGGAUUAAGACACAACCCAAGUGGAGCAGGUUACCUGUAUAGAGGAGAUUUCAUGUUGAACUGUAUCAUCAAGUAACUUUGACAUUCAGAAUGAGCUUCCUAGAAACCUCAGUGACAACACACAUGACCAGAAAUCACAUCUAGAAUGCCACUGUAAAAACAGAAGUGGAAUAUGGUUUAAUGCAGCCAUACCUUUUGACAGUAUACAUGUUUAAAUUGAGAAUAUGUAUGAUUUGCAACAGGAUAUAAAUUGUUGAUCCUCCUACAAAUAAGAGUGAAAUGUAUAUGCAAUAAAACAUCUUUACAGCCGAACAUGGGUCUGGUAUGACCAGCAGCAAGUCAUGCUAACUUUUGUAUGUAGAAAUGAACACCAUGUACCUGAACUUACUGGUUUCCUUCUUGAGCUACCUGUAGCAUUUGCAUGAAGAUUAUUCCAUGAAUUACAUCCAGUAAAAGUUACUAGUCCCUCUUAAGACUGAAUUCACCAGCAUGUAUGUUUCACUCUCAGGCGACGUACCAACACACACGAGUAUCGAUAUUUGGUCAAGUCUGUCACGACAAAAUAGUUUCUCUGUGCUCUGCUUUGACUCCCGUUCAUACCAUUUUAUAUGAUGUUGUAAUAAAAUAAACAUUUUUAACAAA